ACCAUUUUUUUUAAAACCCACCCAAAAAAAGAAGAAGAAAAGAAUCGAACUUUUCCUCUGUCUCUUUCGUUUCUCUUUCGCGAAUCGCAUCGUCGUCGUUGCUUGCAAGGAUUCAUGUCGGAAAAGGGUCGACCACUUCCAAAGUUUGGUGAGUGGGAUGUCAAUGACCCUGCUUCCGCGGAAGGGUUCACUGUGAUCUUUAACAAAGCUAGAGAUGAGAAAAAAACAGGUGGGAACAGCCGAGGACCUGAGUCUCCUGGUAAAGAGGACCAAUCCUUAAAACAAGGGACUUAUGGUAGUGUUACCAAACCCGGUGCUAAAAAAUGGCUUUGCUGCAUUCAAUCUGGUCCUGCAGAGUCUUAGUGCUCAAAACUCGAUCGAAAUCUGUAUGAAAUAUUUACUGUUUUAUGUGCUUUCGGUUUUCCUGAUAUUUUCCAGAGGAAAAAGCCUUCAGUUUCUGCUGGCAUUUUCCUUGAGUCUGCUGAAGGUGGUGUUCUAAGAGGGAAGGUGAAAGGGAGUGUCCUUAAAAAGUUAAAAAAACAAAAUGAAAGAAAAAGAGUUUGAAAUGAAAAGGGGGUUGGUUUGUAGUUUAUCUACUAUGUAUAUCUCUGUCAUAUUAUAUCUGUCAUAUACUUGUUGAUAUAAAACAGAAUCUGAGUUUGGUUGCUUGUUUUCUUUGCUA